GCUCGCUCGGCCGCGGCGAGGUCACCGACGCGGGCUGCAGACCCUCGGGGGCCGCGCUGAAGGUCUCGGGGCGCCCCGGCCUGCGGACCCGCCGCGCGGAGCCGCCUUUGUCCACGAGGUCCCCUCCUCGGUCCCUCCUCGGUGCCCAGUCGCGUUCCUGGCUCCGGACGGGGGCGGGAAGAAGCUCCCGCGGCCCAGGCGCCCCAUCUUGGAGCCGGGACACCACGUCGGCUUGGAGCCUCGGCCCUGACCUCCCCCGCCCGCCCACGCAGGCGCUUGGGACGUGACUGCACAAAUCUCGGGGCGAGCGCGGCGAGGGGGCCCCUCUUCCCUGCUGGGGAGGCGCGGCUCUCGGGCGGGCGGCUUUGCCGGGACCUCCUUUUCCGCUUCCCCCAGGACAAGGGGUCCCCACCCCAGGUCUCACCCUGGAGAUCUUAAAGACGCUAGAGAAAAGCCAUGUGGGGGGCUGGUUCCCCUGGGGCUUCCUCCCGGCCCCCGACUGCCUGAUCCUCUUUAGCGUCCCCGAUGUCUGCAAAGACGUGGAUCUCGACGUCCUCGUGGAGGCCUUGAAGCCCGUGGGGACCUUCACGAAGAUCGGCAAGGUGUUCCGCAAGGAGGAGGACUCCACGGUGGGGAUGCUGCAGAUCGGGGAGGACGUGGACCACCUGCUCAUCCCGCGGGAGGUCAGGCUGGCCGGCGGCGUGUGGAGGGUCAUCUCCAAGCCCGCCACCAAGGACGCGGAGUUUCGGGAGCGGCUGAUCCAGUUUCUGGAGGAAGAGGGCCGCACCCUGGAGGACGUGGCGCGCAUCAUCGAGAAGAGCACCCCGCACCCACGCCAGCCCCCCAAAAAGCCCCGGGAGCCGCGAACCAGGAGGCGCGUGCAGCAGGCGGUCACUCCUCUGCCUCACCUGGUCGUCGGCACCUACGACAGCAGCAACGCCAGCGACAGCGAGUUCAGCGAUUUCGAGAGCUCCGUGGGCCAAGGCCCAGGCCGUGCCCGGAGGGCGCGCAGAAUGCCGGUCAGUUACCUGGGCAGCAAGUUCCUGGGGAGCGACCUGGAGAGGGAGGACGAUGAGGAGCUGGUCCAGGCCUUCCUCCAGCCCGGGGAGGCGCAGCCCGGCGAGCCGUCUGCCGGCCACGGCGCCCCUCCUGCGUUUGAGGACACCCUGGGGCCCCCGCUGUCCAAGGCGGACAGGUGGCGAGAGUGUGCCAGCCCGGCGUCCUGGGGGAAGCUGAAGCAGCGGGUGAAGGGCUGGGCACUGAGGUCUGGCCCUGAGGAGGACGAGGCUCACCAGGCCGCCGUGGCAGGGGAGGGAGAUGGGGCGUCCCCCAGCCGCGGGGCUGACCUGGCCCGCCCAGGAGACAGGGGUGUGCUGGAGCGCUCCCCCAGGCGCUGGAGGCCCAAGGUCACCUGGGCCUCGUUUAGGCGUCGCGGGAAGGAGGACGUAGCAUCCUCAGCUCGUGGGGUGGCUGUCCCAGCUGAGCAGGGGCCUGAGGCUGCAGAUGCCCAGAGGGCAGUGGCUGAAGAUCAUCGGAGGGCAGGAGCUUCCGUUUCCCAGGGAGCGGGAGCCGCAGAUAAUCCAAGGGCAGAGGCCAGGGCUGACCAGCGGGAAGGAGCCGGAGCCCAGGCUAUCCAGGAAGCAGGAUCUUCAGCAGCCCAGGGGGACGCAGGGACAGCCCCAGAAGCCAGGCGCCAGAAACAGGUCAAGACAGUGAGGUUCCAGACCCCUGGGCGCUUUUCGUGGUUUCGAAAGUGCAGGAGAACCCUCUGGCACCCAGCCCUGCCCAAGAGAGUCCCCAGGGCAGGGGAGGGCAGGAGCCUCAGGGUGCUGAGGGCUCAGGGCGGGGCUGAGGGCGGGCAGGGAGAGCUAGAAGACCAGCUGUGAGGGGCCCCGGGUGUGCCUCCCUGCGGGCUAUGCAGUGGAGGCGGGCAGCGGGGCAGGCAGCUCCUCCAGGGCCCCGCUCUCUGACUUAUUGUAUCUUGUGUGCAUUCAUUGCUGUUUUCAAUACCGACUCCCUUUAGUGUCCUGAAGAACGUCAAGAGGGGAACUGAGAUGGCGGGGUUCAGUCGCCCGUGCUUUUAACUUUUUCAGACACGACCCUACCUGCUCAGCCUGGAACGGGAGGCGGCGGGCAGGGCGGGAUGGUCCUCUGCCCUCACCCUUUUGCCCGCGCAUGUUACAUCCACUACCUCCUUGAACUGGAGAGAUCUCAAGCCAACAUGCCAAUAAAAACGUUUACCAGUUGA